UUUGGUUGUCCAACAAUUAAACACCCGGAAACGCCGGUAAAGUUGUUCAGAGCGAAGCGUCAAACAUAUAAACAAGAGUGGAAGUCACAGAUCCUGUUCACUUCUGUGGGGGAAAUAUUGUUCAAAUAAACAAACGGUAAGCACUCUUAAAGUGCCAUUAUGGGCUUCAUUUGACUUAGUUGUGUGCUCUUAAUUAGCUAUAUUAGCUUACAGAGCUAACAUUAUAGCUAAAGUAGCUAACAGCUAAAGUUAGCAUAGCACCGCCGGCUGGGCUGAUGUAAAACCACGUGCAGCUAUAUUUGGAUUGUGUGCUUCACAUACACCUCAUAAUUACAUGCUUAAAGAGAAAAACUACACAACCAAUUUUUUUUUGCACAAUAUCCAAUAUAAAUGUUUGUAGUAACUUGAACGAGCUAAUGGCUACCGCUGUUUGAUAGUGCGGUGAGCCGUCGCUAGGCGGUGCUGUUCGACUGCUCUUCUUCGAGGUUGUACUAUGGAUUACAGCAUAGAACUCGAAGGUUAUGAUGGUGAGCAAUGUAGCAAGGACAACAACUUUUUUGGGGACCGUUCAGAAGGGGAGGAAGAGAUCAACUUGAGCUACCGGGAACUUCACAGCAUCGGUAAGCGGGCAGCGCGGCUCCGCAGGGGAAGCUCUCCUCCGCUCCUCCUGGCGUACAACAUCACCUGUGGACGGGCGCUCAGCACUUCACACCUACACGAUGAGGAAGAGGAGGAGGAGGAGGGUGAGCAUCCCAUCGAGUGGUGGAUGCUCCUUGGAGGAGAGGAGCAGGCGGGAGACUCAAGCAUCCAGCUCAACCUGAGCUACAAGAACGGCUCUGAGGAUUACUCUGGAGAUGAAGAUCAGACUGUGAAGGCAGUGGAGGAUACCUGGGCCGUAUCAGACAGAGACAAGCCCGGUGCUCAUCAUUCUUUGCCCAGCCGCUAUUUCACGGCUGGGCGCUCUCUGUUCUGUGACAUUUGCAAAAAGACGGGACACCUCGCCAAAAGCUGCUACAGCCAAAAGCAGAAGUGUCCCACCUGUGUUCUCUGUGGGCUCCAGGGCCACGUCCAGAGGCACUGUGGGGGCCGCCCAUGUCCCAGCUGUGGACUGCCGUCACACGGCCGCAGCCCCUGUGAGAGGCCGCAGGUGUGGAAACAACACUGCCAGCGCUGCGGGAUGUCAGGUCACCUCUCUGAUACCUGCCCUGAUACAUGGAGACAAUACCACUUGACAAUCGGGUUAGAGCUUCCAGUCAGACCCCAGACAGACCAAAUCCUCAGAAAUAAGAAACCCCCUGCUCAUUGUUACAACUGUUCUAAGAGGGGACAUCAUGGUUAUGAGUGCACUAAAACAAGGAUGGUUAGUGGGACUUUUGCCUUACUGCCAUUUGUCUGCCACUACGACACCAUCAAUGACGUCCUCCAAUGUGGCUCCAGGAAGCAGAAAAGAGCCAAAGAGCUCUUGAGUGCUGGACCCAUGCCUCUGUCAGACCAGCAGCACUUGUCUGAAGCGACAGGCAGAAGUUGGGAGAGGAAUCAGCCGGUCCAGGGGAGGAGCAGGAUGCAGCAGGAAACGUUUGGGCGGGCGGGCAGGAGGAAGAAGUGGCCGGAGACGCGCAGAGAGAGAGAGGAGUUGAAGAGGCUUAGAAGAGAUGCUAAAGCCAGACGAGAAGGAGGAUUAUUGAAGAGGCCCAGGAGGUACUUUGAUGGUAAAGUUUACCCUGCAGACCUCCACGGUCACAAGCAGUACACUCCGCCUCCAAAGAAGAAGGGGAAGAAGAAGAAUGAGGCAGGUGGCAAAAGCAGAAAGAGCAGAGAAGCUGAGCGGUGGAAGAAGAGAGGAGGGCGGAAACGUGGGUAUUUAUAUCCCCAUGGUGACAUAGACAUGGGUAGCGAACGCCUUCUUUCACCAAAACAUAGAGUGCGCCACAGAAAAAGAUAAUACAAUCCUUCAAGGAGUAGCAAAUAGAACUGGAAGAUUAAAUGUUUUGAUUGAAUGAUUAAAUGUAUUUAUUGUGAAACUGUGUAGAGUUUGUGUAUACAGUUGAAGGUGCUCAUCUUCAUUGUGACUUGUUUAAAUUUGUUUUUGUACAUGAACAAAGCUAAUUUGAUACAAGUACAAUUUUCAACAUAUUUUGGAAUGUUUUAACAUACAAUGCAUUGCUUUUUCGGCCCUUGUAUUGUUAGUCAUUAUAAUAAUUGCAAUAUGGUUCAACUGAACCGUGUUUUGGCUUCUGUACAUUUAUAUUGUAAAGAUAACAACAAUAAACAUGGAUUCCAGCUAA